CCAUGUUAGCACCAGGUAUAAACAUGUCCCUCUCUCUCUCUUCCUUUCUCUCUCUCUCCCUCCCCUCUCUCUCUCCAACACUCCCAACUUUCUCCCCUCUAUUAAGUUCCAAGCUUCUUUCAAUCUGAAGUGAACAACAUAUUCCAAACAGGGGGUGUUCCAGAAAAAACAUACGCCAUCCUUCCUCGUCACCCAGUCCUCUCCUCCUCCACCUUUCUCUCAUCACUCCCUUUCUCCCAUCUUGUCUACUCCCAUACUGAACCAUCCAUCUCUUUCUCCCCUUUCCUCCUCCCAUUCUCCAUCCCCACAUCCACCUCUGAACUGCUGUUAUCUGUGUCUCUACCUUCCUUCAGUCUUCAACCUUCCUUUCUUCUUUUUGGGGUUCACCCCCCUUCAAUAAUUUCCCUGCUUCUCUCUCUUCACUCUCUUUCCCGUCCUCUUCCCUCUUUCCCUCCCUUCCUCUCUCCAUCCGACCUCUCUCGGCCUCUGGUAGAGGUCACCAUGUGGGCCAACUACAUUGUCCAGCCAGAGGAGGAUGGCCGUAUGGGGGUGGUAGGAGCUGGGGCCCAUGGGGGCCUGGCCGGCCUGGCAGGGGUGAAGGGAGGGGGGCGUGCUACGAGGCGGACCCCUAGGAUGAGUGACAGCCAGGAGGGGAAGAUCAAGCUGGCGUUCUUUGUGGCCAUUGUGGGUGUGACCCUGACAGUGCUGGGGGUGGGAACAGAGUUCUGGGUGGAGCUGGCCACGCCCAAGACCUGGAGUAACAACCAGACGUGUCAGACAGCCCACUACGGCCUGUGGAAGGGGUGUACCCGCACCCUGUGGGUGGACGACAUCGACCCCGAGAGAGAGAGCUGCGGCCCCGCCGAUCUGCCCGGAGAAUCCAACUGCACUUACUUCAAAUUCUUCACCAAUGGACACAACGCAGUCAUAUUUAAGAAGACGACCCACAAGAACCUGAACAUAGCGGCUGCUAUCCUAGCAAUGAUAGCUCUGUCUAUGAUGGUGAUGGGAGCAAUCUGUAUCACCAUGUCCCUCAGUAAAGGAGUGCCCUUCUUCCUCAAGCCCGCCUCCUUCUGCUUCAUCCUAUCAGGUCUACUGGUCCUGCUGUCUAUACUGGUGUUUCACCAGUCAGUGCUGGCCCUGUUGUCAUCUGACCACUCCAUACCGCUCCACCACGAGCUCUCCUGGUCCGUGACCUGUGUGGGCUUCGCUGGGGCCAUCCUCAUCAUGGGGGGGAUCCUUUUCCUGAUCCUCUCCCUCCCCUAUAGCUCCUGGGAGAAAUGUCUGCCUCAAUGCAACAGCAGCACUACCUAGCACAAUGGAGGCCCAAAAGAGGCCCAAAAGCACAUAACUGGGGGAAAAAUGGGGGAAAAAUGUUUAGUUUUAUAUCAAGAUUGUAAUCAAACUCCAGUCCUCGAGGGAAGCACUGUCUACUGGCUUUAGUUGUCAAUUAUAAAUCAGACACUGAUCAGAACAACUACAACCAGUAGACACUGAUGCCACCCAGGAGUUGAGUUGGAGACCCCUGUUUAUAUUGUCAGUCUGCUGGCUUUAGUUGUCAGGUAUAAAUCAGACACUGAUCAGAACAACUACAACCAGUAGACACUGAUGCCACCCAGGAGUUGAGUUGGAGACCCCUGUUUAUAUUGUCAGUUAUAUUGUCAAACUAGACUGAAAGACUGACUAACUUGUAGGUCGACACAGUGUUUACUUAAUGCAAUAACAAUGAUGCUCACUAACUGUGCCUAGAACUCUACAAGUCUGCCCUAAAGCCUGCGACCUUACCAGAAAACACUAUGUAGACCACAACUUCCCCACUUUUUGGCAUCAUGACCAACCUAUAUCUUUUAGAAGUUUCUGAUGGCCUACCAAAGAACAAGCAAUGUUUCUAAGCAGAACCCGGUCUUUACCAGGGGGGUAAUGCUGGGUUAAACAAAACCAAAGCAUGGAUUGAUGUCUUAACAUGUCCAUUGACUGCUAACAGGGUAAGGAAACCAAUAUGUCAUUUAGUUAUUGAUCUAGUUCUUUAAACACAACGCCAACCACACUGUAGUUGUAGAUAAAGACCCAGCAGGGUGUAGCAUCCUGUCUGUACUAUGAACUGUGUACUAACCAUUACUUAUUGAUAGUGUUACUUAGCCAAUUAAAUCACAUGGGGGAGGGGCUGCUAUGGGUAGGUCACUACCGUUGCUAAGGGAGGAGAUACUUUAUUGUUUCCAGGAAGUGGCACAGCCAUCCCUGCUACAUGAAACGCCUUGCAGGUUGUCACUAUUAAUCUAUUAUGAAUGAUUAUGACGCCUUACACUUAAUACCUAGAAAUAAUAUAUUCUCUAUUUAUUAUCUACACAUUGUCCACAUGAAUGAAUGCUGUUUUUAAGUAAGAAUGUGUGAAUGAUUUAAUGUAUGUAUGGAAAUAUUGUAUAGACUCACUUUACAAGCACAGCUCUGUAUAUAAAAUAUGUGUUUGUAUUUUAUUUAUACCUGCACACUGUAGCCUUUUGUUCAAGCUUAGGGGGGUGUUUUUAGUUUUUAGCUUAUUCAAACCCUUUUUUUCAUCAUGUGUUUUAUUUGUCUUAAUAAAGCCCACCUUGUCUUUCUCUACCUACAUGUUUGUUUGGGGAAAACCACAUUGUGCCUAAAUGGUCCUAUGAUCAUAUGUAUGUCUCACUGGGUUUGCUUUUGAAAUAAAUAGAUUUGACAUAAGAAACGCUCUCA